UAUAUAUAUAUAUAUAUAUAUAUAUAUUGAUAUAGUUAGGAUAACUGCAUCAAGAAGAAACCCGGAGCAACAACAGUGAGACACGCUGCAGGAAAAGGGGAGAAAAGAGCGAAGCUGACUGAAAUAUAAUUAUUAUAUGAGUGUUUGUGAAGGUGGCGAUAUUGGAGAGGUGCGGGAUCCGAUUCCCCCGGACGAUCAGGUGUUACCGCAGCGCCGUGAUCGUGGCACCAGAAGCGCACCUCGGACCCCGGACUGGUGGUGGUGGUGAAGCCGAUCUGCCGCAACACAUUUGGCUUUUUCUUUUUUUUUUUUUUUUUUAACCGGCAGGAACAAAAGAACCCGCAUCAUUUCUGAACUCGAAAUCGCCAAGUUCUGCGCUGAAUUCUACAGGUUGAGCUCCACCAUCUGAAGAAGUUGCGCUUCUGCGGGGUGUUGCUGGCGGUGGAGGUAGAGAAUCCAGGAAUAAAACCAUCAUCAUCACCCUUUUGUUGCGUCUGUCUUCCCCCAUUUUUCACUCGCAGAGCCGCCGCACUCCGCGAGCUCGCGCGCACAGAAGUUGCCGCAUUGCAACAGGCAAAAAGAAGUGGAAAAGGGCACCGAAACCGCCCCUCUGUAUGAUUUUACACUGGUGAGAAGAUCAGGAACGAGGGGACAGGGACACACCGGGGGGGACAUGUCCAGGAGGAAGCAGGCCAAGCCGCGCUCCGUCAAAGCAGUGGAGGAGGGCCAGUCUUCAGAGUUUGCCGGAAACUGGGAGUCCUCUUCUGUCCACACAGAUGUUCCCGGGCCAGACGUGGACACGGAACGCAAGGAGCAUCGUUCGGGACUGGAGGAUGGAGACCACAGCGUGACCAGCCACGAUGACCGCAUGGCGGACGACGACCUGGACGACGAGCCCAUUUUCACCUGCGACAACUGCCAGCGUGACUUUGAGUGUCUGGCAGAGCUGACGGAGCACCGCACCAACCACUGCCCUGCUGAUGGCGACGACGACCCUGGGCUCUCCUGGGUGGCGUCCUCCCCCUCCAGCAAAGACGUGGCGUCGCCCUCGCAGAUGCUGGGGGAGGGCUGCUGCGACCUGGGCAUGGGCACGGGGGAAGAGGAAGGGGGCGCGGGCUUACCCUACCCCUGCCAGUUCUGCGACAAGUCCUUCAGCCGCCUCAGCUACCUGAAGCGGCACGAGCAGAUCCACAGUGACAAGCUGCCCUUCAAGUGCACCUUCUGCAGCCGCCUCUUUAAGCACAAGCGCAGCCGCGACCGGCACGUCAAGCUGCACACGGGCGACAAGAAGUACAGCUGCCAGGAAUGCGAGGCUGCCUUCUCCCGCAGCGACCACCUCAAGAUCCACCUGAAAACACACAGCUCCAGCAAGCCCUUUAAAUGUAGUGUUUGCAAGCGUGGAUUCUCCUCCACCUCCUCGCUGCAGAGCCAUAUGCAGGCCCAUCGGAAGAACAAGGAGCAUCUGGCAUCUCGUACGGACAAGAGCUCGGGAAAGAGUGGGGCCGGAAGUGGGGGCGAGCUAGACCAGGACCUAUACAUGUGCGACUACUGCGAGGAGACCUUCAGCCAGACAGACGAGCUGGAGAAGCAUGUGCUCACACGCCACCCCCAGCUCUCAGACCGAGCCGACCUGCAAUGCAUCCACUGUCCUGAGAUCUUCUGUGACGAGGGGACACUGCUCGCCCACAUCAGUCAGAUGCAUGCUAACAGGAAGCACAAGUGUCCUGUGUGUGCUGAACAGUUCCCCUCUGUGGAGGACGUCUAUUGCCACCUGGACAGCCACCGGCAACCUGACUCUAGCAACCACAGCGCCAGCCCUGACCCUGUGCUGGGCAGCGUAGCGUCUAUGAGCAGCGCCACCCCUGACUCUAGUGCCUCCCUGGAAAGAGGAUCCACCCCAGAUUCCACGCUGAAGCCGUCCCGCAGCGGCCGCAAGAUGGCCCCCUCUUCCUCUGACCGUGAAGAAGGGGGUUCAGGUUGGUCGUCAUCGGGGAAGGUGACUUACAGCUGCCCGUACUGUUCCAAACGGGACUUCAACAGCCUGGCGGUCCUGGAGAUCCACCUGAAGACCAUCCACGCUGACAAGCCUCAACAGAGCCACACAUGCCAGCUGUGCUUGGAGACUCUGCCAACGCUAUACAACCUCAACGAGCAUGUGCGCAAGGCUCACCGCACCAGCAGCAGCACCAGUGCUGCAUUUCCACUCCUGCAGUUCAGCAAUGUUUCUGCCUUCCACUGCAACUACUGCCCUGACAUGUUUGCUGACAUCAACACUCUGCAGGAGCACAUCCGUGUUUCGCACUGCCUGCCGGCAUCCGGCUCCACCACCUUGGAGGGAAACCACGCCUUCUUUUGUAACCAGUGCUCCAUGGGAUUCCUGACUGAGUCCUCCCUUACCGAACACAUCCAGCAGACGCAUUGCAACAGUGCCGUGGCGAAGCUGGAGUCUCCUGUACUGCAGCCUUCCCAGUCCUUCAUGGAGGUCUACUCCUGUCCUUACUGCACUAACUCGCCCAUCUUUGGUUCCCUUCUCAAGCUCACCAAGCACAUCAAGGAGAACCACAAGAACAUCCCUCUGGCCAACAACAAACGUCAGGCUAAGGUGGCAGACCACAGCCCUGCCUCUUCUGAUGUUGAGAUCUCUUCCCCAAAGCGCCAAAGGCUGGCAGCUGAUGCUACUCCGGUAAACUCUAACGGGGAAUACCCCUGCAACCAAUGCGACCUCCGAUUUUCCAGCUUUGAAGGGUUCCAGGCCCAUCUCAAGACCCAUCUCGAGUUGCUGCUGAGGAGGCAGUCCUGCCCCCAGUGCAACAAAGAAGACUUUGAAUCCCAGGAGGCCCUUCUGCAGCAUUUGACCAUCCACUACACAACCACAUCAACCCAGUACGUCUGUGAAAGCUGCGAUAAGCAGUUUUCGUCGGUCGACGACCUGCAGAAGCACCUGUUGGACAUGCACACUUUUGUACUCUACCAUUGCACACUCUGUCAAGAGGUGUUUGACUCAAAGGUUUCCAUCCAGGUCCACUUGGCUGUCAAGCACAGCAAUGAAAAGAAGAUGUACCGCUGCACGGCUUGCGCCUGGGAUUUUCGCAAGGAGGGUGACCUACAGCUGCACGUCAAACACAGCCACCUUGGUCACCCAGUGGGGUCUGCUGGUAGCAAGGCACGGAAGUGCAUCUUCUGUGGUGAGACUUUUGGUACGGAAGUGGAAUUGCAGUGCCACAUCACCACUCACAGCAAGAAGUACAACUGCCGCUUCUGCAGCAAGGCUUUCCACGCCAUUGUCCUGCUGGAGAGGCAUCUGCGGGAGAAACACUGUGUCUUCGAAGGAGGCAAUGGCAACGGUAAUGGAGGCAGCCAGAAUGGGACGCCGAAUGGGGUGACGCAGAGUUCCAAACGGGGAGGGGGUGGUAGCAGUGGCUCAACCACUGCUGCAGAACAAGCAGAUCUUCAGAACAUACUGUUGAAGGGAAGCCAAGAUGCAGCCAACAGUCACGAGGCCAGCGGUGAGGAUGAGAUGGAUGCCUCGGAGCCCAUGUACGGCUGUGACAUCUGUGGGGCGGCCUACACCAUGGAAGCUUUGCUGCAGAACCACCGGCUGCGGGACCAUAAUAUCCGCCCAGGCGAGGACGAUGCUUGCUCCCGCAAGAAGAAGGCGGACUUCAUCAAGGGCAACCACAAGUGCAACGUGUGUUCACGGACCUUCUUCUCCGAGAAUGGCCUGAGGGAGCACGCACAGACGCACCGUGGCCCCGCCAAGCACUACAUGUGUCCCAUCUGUGGCGAGCGCUUCCCCUCUCUGCUCACGCUCACCGAGCACAAGGUCACACACAGCAAGAGCUUGGACACUGGCACCUGCCGCAUCUGCAAGAUGCCCCUGCAGAGCGAGGAGGAGUUCAUUGAGCACUGCCAGAUGCAUCCAGACUUGAGGAACUCAUUGACGGGCUUCCGCUGUGUGGUCUGCAUGCAGACUGUCACCUCCACUCUGGAGCUUAAGAUUCAUGGCACCUUCCACAUGCAAAAGCUGUCCUCCAGCAGCGGAGGUGCCGGCUCUGCUGCUUCCUCGCCCAAUGGCCAGUUGCAGGGCCACAAGUUCUAUAAGUGUGCUCUCUGCCUCAAGGAGUUCAAAAGCAAGCAGGACUUGGUCAAGCUGGAUGUCAAUGGGCUGCCUUAUGGCAUAUGUGCUGCGUGCAUCAGUCGGGGGACGAAUGGGCAGUCACCCAGUGGUGGGGGUGCAGGGGCCACCACCCCACAGGAGACUGGUGAGAAGCUGCCGGCUGGACUGCGCUGCCCAGAGUGUGCGGUGAAGUUUGAAACCCUUGAGGACUUGGAGACCCACAUUCAGAUGGAUCAUCCAGAGAUGAGCCCAGAGACCAGCGGGUCAAAGAAAGUGACGGGUGCCUCCCCUGUCCCUAAAAAGAAAACAUAUCAGUGCAUCAAAUGCCAAAUGACCUUCGAGACGGAGCGGGAGAUUCAGAUACACGUCGCAAACCAUAUGAUUGAGGAAGGCAUCAAUCACGAGUGCAAGCUGUGUAACCAGAUGUUUGACUCUCCGGCCAAGCUCCUGUGCCACCUGAUCGAGCACAGUUUCGAGGGCAUGGGCGGCACCUUCAAGUGCCCCGUCUGCUUCACAGUCUUUGUCCAGGCCAGUAAGCUGCAGCAGCACAUCUUUGCCGUCCAUGGUCAGGAGGACAAGAUCUACGACUGCUCCCAGUGUCCGCAGAAGUUCUUCUUCCAGACGGAGCUCCAGAACCACACGUUGAGUCAGCACGCACAGUGAGAUCCGGCCCCGCAGGACGUCCGGCUCAGCCCCGGCCCCCGACGCCACGCAGUGGGGGACGCCCAUUUCAACAUCACAGCCAAUCAAAGUGUCAUUUGCUACUCCCAUGUAAAACUCUUAACGAUUUGGCCACCAGGCGCAGCUAUUAUGAGCAGUGGGAAAUGAAUAUUAAUGGGAGAUAUUAAAAAAGAAAAGGAAAAAGGAGAGAAGGAGGAGGGGGGGAAAGGUAUUCUACGUUCAGUAUUUUUUAUCAUUCAGCUUCCCAGUUGUGCGUUUUUUAACAAAAGAUGAAAAAAGAGAAACGCUUUCUGUCUGAUUUUAGUCUUUAGAAAUGCUUCACUUACCUUGUCCUCUGUUGCUUCAUGUAUCAAGCUCUAGUAAGUGCCAAUUCUUUCCUCUUUCGUCAUAUGUUUUUUAUCCUCUUGUUUUGGCUUUUUGUUUUUUGUACCUUUUAUUUCUUGCAGUAAAUGGUACUUGUGCUGUGUUGUGAUCGCUUGCCAAUCGUAAUAUGUUUU